GUUUAAUUUAAUAUAAGAGCACCGCCUUAAGAGUUAAAGACGUAUAGCAGAUUAGCAGGUUUUCCAUAAACGGUCAAAUAGGAUCUCAUUUCUAUCUCGACCUAUAAAAUCCCUCACAGCUGCAAACAUCUUGCUUUCUCCUCGCCCUUUCCCUGGAAGAAGGAAUCCACUGUGUGGUAGAAAGCGGAAGAAAAAAACCGUAAGCACCAAUUCGCAAUUGACGUUUUGUCAACAAAAGAGGAAAAUAUCUGUGCCAAGAGCUUCUGAUUCGAUUUCAGUUGAGGGCAUCGAGUCUAGGGUUUUGGGUCCUGGUGGGUGGUCAAGUGACAGGAUUGCUUCGGAGAGCGAUAUUCGGUGUUCUGAGUUUUCAUAUAGGAAUAUGAGUUUUUCGCCUCAAAGUAAUCACAGGUCAGAUAAUAGCCGCAGGGGUAGAAACUAUCAUGGUCAAACUGCUAGACAGGAGUGGGUUCGUCGAGGAUCCCCAUCCACCACUUCGACCACACCAAUGGAAAACCCUGCUGCUGCCGAUGAUUUGAGCUCAGUUGGGAUUGGCAGGGAACUGAGUGACAGGCCGUCCGUUCCUAAAGUUUAUUGGGGUAGGAACAAUAAUGUUCAUCGAGGAAAUGCCCCUAAAUAUGCAAACCAAAGGAGAGAUAGAGGGAUGGGAAGGCAAACAAACAAGUUUGAGGGAAAUAAAGUGGAAAGCGCGAGGCGGCCAGACCAAAACAAUGAAAAGGAGCAACAGUCAAAGGACCCUAACUUGCCUCAACUUGUACAAGAAAUUCAGGAGAAGCUCUUGAAAGGAACAGUUGAGUGCAUGAUUUGUUAUGAUAUGGUUCGUAGAUCUGCACCAAUCUGGUCAUGCUCUAGCUGUUUCUCAAUCUUUCACUUGAGCUGUACCAAGAGAUGGGCCAGAGCUCCUACAUCCGUUGAUUUAUCAGCUGAGAAGAAUCAGGGGCUUAAUUGGCGGUGCCCAGGUUGCCAACAUGUGCAACUCACCUCUUUUGGGGACAUCCGUUAUAUGUGCUUUUGUGGGAAAAGGCAGGACCCCCCUUCUGAUCUGUAUUUGACUCCACAUUCUUGUGGGGAGCCUUGUGGUAAGCCACUGGAGAAGGACGUUAUUCCUGGUUCUGGUGGUUUGAACAAGGAGGAUCUUUGCCCUCAUCAUUGUGUCCUGCAGUGCCAUCCUGGACCAUGCCCUCCUUGUAAGGCAUUUGCUCCUCCACGAAGCUGUCCAUGUGGAAGGAAAAGGAUCACUACAAGAUGCUCUGAAAGGAAGUCUGUUCUUACCUGUGGACAACGGUGUAACAAGCUUCUUAGUUGUGGUCGCCACCGGUGUGAACAAACUUGCCAUGUUGGUUCUUGUGACCAUUGCCAAGUUCUGGUCAGUGCAUCCUGCUUCUGCAAAAAGAAGACUGAGGUUGUUCUUUGUGGUGACAUGGCAGUGAAGGGAGAGAUCAAUGUUGAACAUGGUGUCUUUGCAUGCAGUUCACGUUGUGAUAAAAAGCUUAGCUGUGGAAACCAUGCUUGUCAGGAAAUUUGCCACCCAGGCCCGUGUGGGAAUUGUGCUUUGUCGCCCGACAUGGUUAAGACCUGUUGCUGUGGCAAAACUAGCCUAACAGAAGCGAGAAACAGUUGUUUGGAUCCAAUCCCAACUUGUUCAGAAAUUUGUGACAAAACCCUCCGUUGUGGGGUACACCGAUGUCGAGAAGUGUGUCAUUCUGGCGAUUGUGCACCAUGUCAUGUGCCUGUGAUUCAACGAUGCCGUUGUGGAUCAACUUCUCGUACCGUGGAGUGUUACAGAAUGUUUGCAGAAGAUGAUUCAUUUACUUGUGAUAGGCCUUGUGGGCAUAAGAAGAGUUGCGGAAGGCACCGAUGCAGUGAGCGGUGUUGCCCUCUUUCAUCCAAUCCUCCCAACAAUACCCAGACUGGUGAUAGAGACCUACACUUCUGUUCGAUGCUUUGUGGCAAAAAACUAAGAUGUGGGCAGCAUUCUUGUGAGUCCCUCUGCCACAGUGGUCAUUGUCCUCCCUGUCUUGAGACCAUUUUCAAUGAUUUGACCUGUGCUUGUGGGAGGACCUCAAUACCCCCUCCUUCGCCAUGUGGCACACCCUCCCCUUCAUGCCAGUACCCAUGCUCUCUUCCUCAGCCCUGUGGCCAUUCAUCCACUCACAGCUGUCACUUUGGGGACUGUCCACCGUGCUCCGUUCCAAUAGCAAAGGAGUGCAUCGGUGGGCAUGUGGUUCUUUGGAAUGUACCAUGUGGAUCGAAAGACAUCAGAUGUAUCAAGCCCUGUGGGAAGGCCAGGCAGUGUGGCUUGCAUGCAUGUGACAGAACAUGUCACCCCCCACCUUGUGAUUCUUCUCCUGCUUUACUGGCAAGUGCUGGUGGUGAUCCAAGAGCUUCUUGUGGUCAACCAUGUGGUGCUCCUAGGAGAGAUUGUAGGCACACUUGUGUUGCUCUUUGCCACCCAUCGUCCCCAUGUCCUGACACUAAAUGUGAACAUCCUGUCAAAAUUUUCUGUUCUUGUCACCGGUUAAGUGCAACCGUUCCCUGUGAUGCGGGUGGUGCCAAUACUGCUUUUGACAGUGUUUUUGAAGCAUCAAUAUUACAGAAGUUGCCGGCACCUCUCCAACCUAUUGACUCAAAUGGAAAGAAGGUUCCACUUGGUCAGAGGAAGCUAAUGUGUGACGAUGAGUGUGCAAAGAUGGAGAAGAAGAAGGUCCUAGCUGACGCUUUUGGUGUGAACACCUCACUUUCAGACACAACACUUCAUUUCGGCGAUAAUGCUGCUGCUGUCUCUGAAGUGCUCACAGACCUUCUUAGACGCGACUCCAAAUGGGUCCUCUCUGUGGAAGAAAGGUGCAAGUUUCUGGUCCUUUGCGGCAAGGGAAGAAGUGGAGGAACAGGUGUCAAAGCUCACGUAUUUUGCCCAAUGAUGAAAGAGAAGCGGGAUGCAGUCAGAAUGAUAGCUGAAAGGUGGAAGCUCUCUAUCAAUUCUGUGGGUCGGGAGCCUAAGCGGUUUGUGGUCGUACACGCCACACCCAAGUCCAAACCACCUGCUCGUAUGCUGGGCGGCUCUAAGGGGACCACAGCCAAUUUACAGCCCUCAAUAUGCGACCCCUUGGUAGACAUGGAUCCUAGGCUGGUUGUUGCCCUGUUCGACUUGCCCAGAGAUGCGGAUAUAAGUGCAUUGGUGCUGAGGUUUGGUGGGGAAUGUGAGCUUGUGUGGCUGAAUGAUAAAAAUGCAUUGGCAGUCUUCAGCGAACCUGCACGAGCUGCAGCUGCUAUGAGAAGGUUGGAUCAGGGCUCUGCUUUUAGCGGUGCUGCGGUCAUAGCUGUUCCUCCUACUCAUGGUGGUGGUGGUGUUUCCAAUGCUUGGGGAGUGUCUGGCGUGAGUAAGGACGUUGCUGCUAAUAGUAAUAAAAAUGCAUGGAAAAAGACGGUCGUAGUCCAGGAGCUGGACCCGAGUUGGGGACCUGAGGAGGAGAUCUUGACCACUAGCACUUCUUUUCAAGCGGAACCUCCCUCUUCAGCUUGUAAGAAGGGGAAAGAAGCAUCGUCAUCUGCACUCGCUCCUCCACCAUCAAACAACCGGUGGUGUGCUCUGGUGGAAUCUUCGGAAACCACUCCAAGUCCGUCUGCUCUAUCAGACGUGAUGGUAAAGAAAUGCUCUUUGGACAAGUCUGAAGCAAAGCUUGAAACCGUAGAACAUGGUUUGGGUUUGCAGGUGAUACCACAACAGCAUGAAGGCAACAGUGCUGAAGUAAUUGCUGCUCAGGAUGUAUUGGAUAACUGGGAGGAGGCUUGUGAUUGAUUUGACAGACAUAUGAAGAGGACAUAAUUCUUACGUUCACUAUCAUUUUUCGUCCUUAGCUAACUAAGCUUCUGUUCACUAUAUCUUUAAACCUCAAUAUGUUUGAAUCCCCGGAAAUGCCACACGUUUUUUUUUUCUGUUUGCUAAAAAGCAGAGUAAUAAUUUAGUUCGUUCGCAGUUACUUUCAGAAAUGCAACGUGGAAUAUGGCAAUGUUAUUUUUUAAGGGCAAAUAUUUAGAUUUCUUGG